AUGACUACCGUACCCGUGCUUGCUCGUCUAGCGAUCGACCGUGGAGGUACUUUCACGGACUCCAUUUGCACAAGAGGACCGGGAUAUGAUGAUAUUGUGGUGAAGGUGAGUAAUCUUGAAGUGACAUUGCUGACUUUUCAGCUGCUGUCGGUCGACCCGGCGAACUAUGAUGAUGCCCCCACGGAAUGGUACGUGCACUACAUAGCAAUGAUCGCUGACAGCGACAGUAUCCGGCGAAUUCUCGAGAUUGUCACAGGGAAGCCCAUACCCAAGGGCCAGAAAUUAAGCCUAGAGCAAGUAGAAUCCAUUCGCAUGGGGACUACCGUAUCUACAAAUGCGCUUCUUGAGCGGCAAGGAGAGCGUUGUGCGCUCAUCACCACCAAAGGAUACAGAGAUGUCAUGAAGAUCGGCAUGCAAGCUCGACCGUCGAUUUUUGACUUGAGUAUCAAGAAGCUCGCGUUUCUAUACGAGGAAGUGGUCGAGGUGGACGAGCGAGUCACCAUCGAAACCUUUGCCCAGGACCCUGAUCCCCAGCCGAUCGAUUUAGCGGCCGAUCCUGCGUUGAUCAAAAUAGUCUCACGAUCCAACUCGGCGACCGCGGACGCAUACCUAACGCCUGUGACACGUCGAUACCUUGAGUCGUUUGGUCAAGGAUUCGAAGGUGGAAUCGAGGCGUUUGGCAACAAGCUGCUUUUCAUGCAAAGUGAUGGUGGUCUCUGUACAUGGAACAAUUUCAGCGGUCUACGAGCCAUCCUUUCGGGUCCCGCUGGAGGAGUGAUCGGUUUCACAAAAACAUGCUACGACGAGACUGAUGCCAUUCCUCUGAUAGGAUGCGACAUUGGCGGUACAAGUGGGAAGCUAGAGCACGUUUUCGAAACCGCAGUAGCACAAGUUGCAGCUGGAGGUGGUUCUCGAUUAACGUACCGCAAUGGAAUGUUUGUUGUCGGUCCCGAGUCUGCCGGUGCCCAUCCUGGACCAGCAUGCUACAAAAAAGGCGGUCCUUUGGCGAUCACAGAUGCAAACUUAGUGCUUGGCAGGCUGCUCCCCGAGCAUUUCCCAGCGAUUUUCGGCCCCAACGAGGAUGAACCCUUGGACGUCGACGCGAGCCGCAAGCUGUUCCAGCAGCUAGCCGAUACUAUCAACUCAGAAAACAAGUCGAACGACGCGAAGCUCACUAUCGAACAAGUGGCCGCGGGAUUUUUGAACGUUGCCAGUGAGGCCGUUUGCCGACCAAUCAGAUCCGAGAGUCAAGAACCCACUUCUCUGACCCUCGGACCGGACGCGGCAUCCAACAUCAAAGAGCGCUUUACUAAGCUCGAAUCAGGUGGCGCAAGUAAAUUGAACGCGCAGGGCUUUGCUUCGCAUGCCGUCCGACACGAGAGGUAUCUCAACUGUCGCUACCAAGGCAGUGCCACUCAACUCAUGAUUACUCAACCCGAGGAUCUCGACUUUGCUGCCGCCUUCAUCACAGAGCACAAGCAACAAUUCGGAUUCACCUUACAGAAUCGCGCAAUUCUCUGUGACGACGUCCGCGUCCGAUCAAUUGUGAUCUCUCACUUGCAGGAUAUUCCCUCUGGAUCCCAGAUACAGGGUCCAGCGAUCUUGUUCGACACGACCCAAACCAUUCUAGUCGAGCCCAACUGGGUGUCAACAGUCCUCGACGAUCAUGUUCUGAUCGAUGUCAAGGACGCCCUCGACGUGGUCCGAACGUGGGACAUCGAGCAUGUCGACCCUGUCAAGCUAGCAGUGAUGGGCCACCGAUUCAUGUCGAUCGCUGAGCAGAUGGGAAGCAUUCUACGACAGACAGCCAUCUCCACAAACAUCAAAGAACGUCUUGAUUUCAGCUGUGCUCUGGCGGAUAUCGGUGGCAUGGCUGCGGGAAGUAUGCCACCUUUCAGCAAAGAAAUCUGGCAAGAAGGUGCCCAGAUCAAGAGCUUCAAAAUUGUGAAAAAGGGUAUAUUCGACGAGAAUGGUGUCAAACACCACUUCUACGACGAGCCAUCCAAAUACCCAGGCUGUUCGGGUACCCGUACUCUGGCGGACAACAUUUCGGAUCUCAAAGCCCAGGUCGCAUCCUGUUUGAUCAAACAAGACUCACUCGAGGUCGUCCAAUUCUACAUGGCCGCUAUUCAAAGUACCGCUGAGCAGGCCGUACGAGGCAUGCUUUGCCAGAUUUACAAGAAGUUCGAAGGGCGACCGCUCGAAGCCGUCGACAUGAUGGACGAUGGUGCAGAGAUCCGUCUCAAAAUCACCAUCGAUCCUGUAGAAGGGGGAGCGACUUUCGAUUUCACAGGCACUAGCGAGCAAGUGUAUGGUAAUCUGAAUGCGCCAACUGCCAUCUUGUACAGCGGUGUGAUCUACGUCCUCCGAUCGCUGCUUUCCGUGGACAUUCCGUUGAAUCAAGGCUGUCUGCUUCCUAUCAAGAUCAUCCUUCCCAAGGGGACACUGUUAUCCCCUUCAGAAGACGCGGCAACUGUUGGUGGCAACGUCGACACCUCGCAGCGUGUGACGGACACCAUUCUCCGUGCCUUCCAAGCCUGCGGCGCUUCCCAGGCGGGAGGCGCGGGUGCCGGUCCGUCAUGGCAAGGUCAAGACUGUGUCCAUGUCCACAUGACCAAUACUGCUAUUGGAGACGUGGAAAUUAUCGAACGACAAUAUCCAGUGAUCAUUCAUGAAUUCUCGCAACGUACUGGAUCAGGUGGAGCUGGUAAAUUCCGUGGUGGUGACGGAUGCGUGCGCGAUAUCGAGUUCACCCGAAAGGUCGAUGUUGCUAUUCUCUCUCAGCGACGAGCAAUCGCUCCGUAUGGCAUGUGUGGUGGUGAUCCUGGUGCGAAAGGUGUCAAUCAGUGGAUCCGCAAGACAGAAGAUGGGGUGGUUCGCUUGAUCAAUCUCGGCGGAAACAAUGAGUGCGUCAUGAACCCCGGUGAUCAUAUCAUAAUCAAUGAGAAGAGUAGAUAUGCGGCACCCCCAAGCCUUCUCACCCGCGCCAACGGUUUCCUGGCAAGCUACUACAAUGCGCAAAACACCAAUUGA